AAGUAUAAAUAUAGCCCUAGCGCAGUUGAUUGUUGCAUUCAUCUUUGGUCGUCUCAAGAUGAUAGUAUUGGUGUUGCUGGUACUAGCAAGUGCUGUAACAGGGCAACAACUGCCUUGUGGCAGUACGCCCAUCACGCAGUCACGUGUCAUUGGAGGUCAGGAUGCUAAACCAGGGGCUUGGCCAUGGCAGGUACGAAUAACAGUGCAGCUGGCGCAACAGCUCAUUACACGCGUUCUCUCGCGCGUCGUCUCGCGCUUUGACUCUAGCCUUGCUUCGGUCCUAUCUAAAGAUUAUCCGUUUGUCUCGACGCUCCUCUUUCCUUCAGGCAGCGCUGUUAAAGAAUUAUUCCACAGCGUACACAUUGCCCUAUCGUAUCUAGCCCUCCUUACUUCGCAAAUGAAAUUCGAGAUUUAAAGGUCACCGAUCAUCUCUCUGUUAGUGGGGGAGAAGCGUUGCGUGACGACCCUAAUAACGGCUGCGGAGGAGGCUAUAGUCUUGAUGGAAGCUGAUAUGCCACUGUAAGCCAAUAUGUUUCACACCCGUGCACGAUUGCUUCGUAUCUAUAGGCAUCACAUACAGGUUAUUGAUAAGUAUUUUUUAUGUAAAUGUAGUAAACAAUUUCGAAUUUGGCAC